AGGCUCCGCCCCGGAGGCUUGGAAGUGCGGGACACCGAGAGCAGGGAUGCCGGGACAGCCGGCCCGAUCUCCGGUGCGGAACCAAUUGUGACGACGGCUAGGUUACCCGCCGGCGCUACAAAGGUGCCACACCGGAGGGGCGGCGUGCGCCGGCGUGACGCGGCUACGCGGGAUGGGCCGGGCCAGGGCCAAGGCCGAGGCGGCAGCGGCUGCGAGAGGCGGUGGCACGACGACGGUCCCUCGGCCCAGCCACCAUGAGCACCAAGCAGAUCACUUGCAGGUAUUUUAUGCAUGGUGUGUGUCGGGAAGGAAGUCAGUGCCUAUUCUCACAUGACUUGGCAAACAGCAAGCCGUCCACCAUCUGCAAGUACUACCAGAAGGGCUACUGUGCCUAUGGAACUCGGUGCAGAUAUGACCACACGAGGCCCUCUGCUGCAGCUGGAGGUGCUGUGGGCACCAUGGCCCACAGUGUGCCCUCCCCAGCUUUCCACAGUCCUCACCCUCCUUCCGAGGUCACUGCAUCCAUUGUGAAAACUAACUCACAUGAACCCGGAAAGCGUGAAAAGAGAACAUUGGUUCUUAGAGACCGAAAUCUCUCUGGCAUGGCUGAAGGGAAGACCCAGCCGAGCAUGGCGAGUAAUCCAGGCAGCUGCAGCGACCCCCAGCCCAGCCCCGAGAUGAAGCCGCAUUCCUACCUGGAUGCCAUCAGGAGUGGCCUUGAUGAGGUGGAGGCCAGCAGCUCCUACAGCAAUGAGCAGCAGCUGUGCCCCUACGCAGCUGCUGGGGAGUGCCGGUUUGGGGAUGCCUGUGUCUACCUGCACGGGGAGGUGUGUGAAAUCUGUAGGCUACAAGUCUUGCACCCAUUCGACCCAGAGCAGAGGAAGGCUCACGAAAAGAUCUGCAUGUUGACAUUCGAACAUGAGAUGGAAAAGGCCUUUGCCUUCCAGGCAAGCCAGGACAAAGUGUGCAGUAUCUGCAUGGAAGUGAUCCUGGAGAAGGCCUCUGCUUCUGAGAGGAGAUUUGGGAUUCUCUCCAAUUGCAAUCACACGUACUGCUUGUCCUGCAUCCGGCAGUGGCGGUGUGCCAAACAGUUUGAAAACCCAAUCAUUAAGUCUUGUCCAGAAUGCCGUGUGAUAUCAGAGUUUGUAAUUCCAAGUGUGUAUUGGGUGGAAGAUCAGAAUAAAAAGAACGAGUUGAUUGAAGCUUUCAAACAGGGGAUGGGGAAAAAAGCCUGUAAAUACUUUGAGCAAGGCAAGGGGACCUGCCCAUUUGGAAGCAAAUGUCUUUAUCGCCAUGCUUACCCCGAUGGGCGGCUAGCAGAGCCUGAGAAACCUCGGAAACAGCUCAGUUCUCAAGGCACUGUGAGGUUCUUUAAUUCAGUGCGGCUCUGGGAUUUCAUCGAGAACCGAGAAAGCCGGCAUGUCCCCAACAAUGAAGAUGUCGACAUGACAGAGCUCGGGGACCUCUUCAUGCACCUUUCCGGAGUGGAGUCAUCAGAACCCUAAAGAGUAGAUGGUUGCCCUGCAUCUUGGGCUCCAUCGGCCGAAACUUUCCCAAGCCAGGGUGUGCGGAGCUUCCCUGUACUGCAGCCAAGGUGAUGUGUGGCUUGGAUUUGAGUGGAGUUGGGCUUAGCCUUAGUCUCAUUCACUCUCCAUUAUUACAGCCAUGGGGAAGAGUGAAAGAUAUAAAGUAACCUAAUUAAAUGUAUGGAAUUGCUAUUUUUAUAGCUGGUAUAGUUACACCUCAAGCCCCUCAGGGGUAACAACUAACACCCAAACUGUUUGGAUUGAUUGCUUUAAAAAACAAACCUGGCUCUUAUCUUUGAUCUUUUCUUCCCCAGAAAUAGUAAACUUGCAGCUGCCCCUAAUGCAGCAUAUUUUUCUUACCAAAGGAGUCUUCAACCCUAUAAAAGGAUUCCUCUAUAGUGUAUUUCUCUAGUGUAUUUAGUGUGUGGUCAAAAUUUUGAUUUAUACAGAGCUUUCAAGAACACACAAUGCAAAGUGAGCGCAGCAUAGCUGUUAACAAACAUACAACUUUUUUCUAGGGCUUUAAGGGUGGUCAUUUUUUUCGAGUUCUCUCAAGUGUCCCAAAUCAGGGUAGCAAUCUUGUUGCCAUAUGUGCAGCAAACAAAGUGGAAGCAUAAAUCUUCUUCUCCCUUAGAGAGGCUCUUCAAGGAGCAGGAGGUACAGUACUGGGUAGCAGUCUGGCCCUCCUGUCGUCUGGUUGGUGUUGGGGCCUACAGCCAGGGCCCUCUAGGGGAACCAAGCCUCUGCUCUCACCUGUGGGUUCAUGCCCAUCAGGGUAAUUGUAUUGAGAACUCAACUCAAAUAUACGUGCACUUACAUGUGUGGUUCGUACUCAAGUGAUCUAUUAUCUAGCUGCAAAGCCUGGCUUUGAUUUGAAAUUUUGUAAAAAUUUCAUGGCACCCAAGGUUUCUGAUUCUGACCCAGCAGUGGUCCUGAAGAGAGCUGACGGCAAGUCUUGUAGUCAUUUUGAUUUUAAUUAAUUGAAGGGUGAGCACAACCUUGUGAACCAGCACUAGCUUGUUCCAAGCUGGAAUUUAUCUAAUCUAUUUUUGUGUUUAAUUGUGUUUAAAAAAGCUGUACCUACCGAAUAGUUUAUAAAAUGUAUUAUUACUUAAGGUAUUAGCUGAGUUUAGAGUACUUUCUGCUUAAUUAAUUUUUAUACUUUACUUAACUCUUCAGUAGAGGUUUACAAAGAGUACAAAGGUUAAAUUACAAAUUCAUUCCCAGCCUAGGCUCUGGGCACAUUUCCUGUUCUUGACUUCUUCUGCUCCUGAAGAGGGUGAACAAAUGGGGCAUUCAAGUUGUGAGCUCAGAAUUACUUUAAAAGGAGGUAACAGCCAUUACACCUAAAUUUAAUUUAUUUUAUUAAAAUAACAUAAUUGAGGGACCAUCAGAUAACUGUAUUUUGUCAGGUGCAAUAAAAACAAAAUUAAAACCCAAAUCAUCAAGAAAA